AUGUCUGCUACGGAACCUACCAAGGAAAAGCCCGCGGCUCCAGUGGAGUCCGACGAAGAAGACGACAUCGACGCCUUGAUCGAUGAGUUGCAGUCGCACCACGGCGGUGACGACGAAGAAGAAGAAGAGGAAGAAAAGGUGGCCGCCGGUCAAGCCCGUGUUAUCCCAGAGGAAAUGCUACAGACCGACCCAUCACGUGGUUUGAGUUCUGACGAAGUCACCAAGCGUCGUAAGCGUUACGGUCUUAACCAGAUGGCCGAGGAAAACGAGUCGCUUAUCGUCAAGUUCCUCGGUUUCUUCAUCGGACCUAUCCAGUUCGUCAUGGAAGCCGCUGCCAUUUUGGCCGCCGGUUUGGAAGAUUGGGUCGAUUUCGGUGUCAUUCUCGCCUUGUUGAUGUUGAACGCCAGUGUUGGUUUCAUCCAAGAAUACCAGGCCGGUUCCAUCGUUGACGAAUUGAAGAAAUCGCUUGCCAACUCCGCUGUCGUUAUCAGAGAUGGUAACAUCACUGAAAUCCCAUCCAAUGAGGUCGUCCCAGGUGACAUCAUGCAGCUAGAAGACGGUGUCGUCAUCUGUGCUGACGGUCGUCUAGUUACCGAAGAAUGUUUCUUGCAAAUUGACCAGUCUGCUAUCACUGGUGAAUCCCUCGCUGUCGACAAGCACUACGGAGACACCGCCUUCUCCUCCUCCACUGUUAAGAGAGGUGAAGGUUUCAUGAUCGUCACUUCCACCGGUGACAACACUUUUGUUGGUAGAGCUGCCGCUUUGGUCAACCAGGCCUCUGGUGACCAAGGUCAUUUCACCGAAGUGUUGAACGGUAUCGGUACGAUUUUGUUGGUUUUGGUCAUUGUCACUUUGUUGCUCGUCUGGACUGCUUGUUUCUACAGAACUGACAGAAUUGUCAGAAUUCUAAGAUACACUUUGGGUAUCACCAUUAUCGGUGUCCCAGUCGGUUUGCCAGCUGUCGUCACCACCACCAUGGCUGUCGGUGCUGCUUACUUGGCCAAGAAACAAGCCAUUGUCCAAAAAUUGUCUGCCAUUGAAUCUCUAGCCGGUGUCGAAAUCUUGUGUUCCGACAAAACCGGUACUUUGACCAAGAACAAGUUGUCUUUGCACGAACCUUACACUGUCGAAGGUGUUGAACCAGAUGACUUGAUGUUGACUGCUUGUUUGGCCGCUUCCAGAAAGACCAAGGGUUUGGACGCUAUUGACAAGGCUUUCUUGAAAUCUUUGGCCCAAUACCCAAGAGCCAAGAACGCUUUGACUAAAUACAAGGUUUUGGAAUUCCACCCAUUCGACCCUGUUUCCAAGAAGGUUACCGCUGUUGUUGAGUCCCCAGAAGGUGAGAGAAUCAUCUGUGUUAAGGGUGCUCCAUUGUUCGUUUUGAAGACUGUCGAAGAAGACCACCCUAUCCCUGAAGAUGUCCACGAGAACUACGAAAACAAGGUUGCUGAAUUGGCUUCCAGAGGUUUCCGUGCUUUGGGUGUUGCUAGAAAGAGAGGUGAAGGUCACUGGGAAAUCUUGGGUGUUAUGCCAUGUAUGGAUCCUCCAAGAGAUGACACUGCCUCAACCGUCAACGAAGCUAGACGUCUAGGUUUGAGAGUUAAGAUGUUAACUGGUGAUGCCGUCGGUAUCGCUAAGGAAACUUGUCGUCAAUUGGGUUUGGGUACUAACAUUUACAAUGCUGAAAGACUUGGUCUAGGUGGUGGUGGUGACAUGCCAGGUUCCGAAUUGGCUGACUUUGUUGAAAACGCUGAUGGUUUUGCUGAAGUUUUCCCUCAACACAAGUACAGUGUCGUUGAAAUCUUGCAACAGAGAGGUUACUUGGUUGCCAUGACUGGUGACGGUGUUAACGAUGCUCCUUCUUUGAAGAAGGCUGACACUGGUAUCGCUGUCGAAGGUGCUACCGAUGCUGCCCGUUCUGCUGCCGAUAUUGUUUUCUUGGCUCCUGGUUUGUCUGCUAUCAUUGAUGCUUUGAAGACUUCCAGACAGAUUUUCCACAGAAUGUACUCCUACGUUGUCUACCGUAUUGCUUUGUCUCUCCACUUGGAAAUCUUCUUGGGUCUAUGGAUUGCUAUUUUGAACAACUCUUUGAACAUUGACUUGAUCGUUUUCAUUGCCAUUUUCGCCGAUGUUGCUACUUUGGCCAUUGCUUACGACAACGCUCCUUUCGACCAAAAGCCUGUUAAGUGGAACUUGCCUAGAUUAUGGGGUAUGUCCAUCAUUUUGGGAAUCAUUCUUGCUAUCGGUACCUGGAUUACUUUGACUACCAUGUUCGUUCCAAAGGGUGGUAUCAUCCAGAACUUUGGUUCCAUCGACGGUGUUUUGUUCUUGCAAAUCUCCUUGACUGAGAACUGGUUGAUUUUCAUCACCAGAGCCGUUGGUCCAUUCUGGUCUUCUAUCCCAUCUUGGCAAUUGGCUGGUGCCGUCUUCGCCGUCGACAUCAUCGCUACCAUGUUCACCUUGUUCGGCUGGUGGUCUCAGAACUGGAACGACAUUGUCACUGUCGUCCGUGUCUGGAUUUUCUCCUUCGGUGUCUUCUGUGUCUUGGGUGGUGCUUACUACUUGAUGUCUUUGUCUGAAGCUUUCGACAGAUUGAUGAACGGUAAGCCACUCAAGGAAGAGCCACCAAAGAGAUCUAUCGAAGAUUUCUUGGUUGCCAUGCAAAGAGUCUCCACUCAACACGAGAAGGGUCAUUAA